UGGGAAAAGCUGGACCCUUACAGCUGUUUCAGGCUUCAGCUUAGAUCAUAAUGUUAUGGGUUUACUGAAUGUAUAGCGCAGUGUGACAGGAGCCUGGCAGCAUGUACACAAGUGAGCAGUGUGACGGUCACUGAAGAUUUCUACCCUGGGUCUGAGGCCACCGGAAUACAAACCAUGUUUCGUGUCACCUUCAAUGUAGUGACAGAGAAAGUUACCUUCACCUUGGCAGCCUGCCCCUCCGUCACAUGGAAGGCAGUGCAGCCUGAGGAGCUCAGCCUACCCAGUCGAUGUGAAAGCAAGACAAACCCAGGUGCAGCAAAUGAAGGGGAGGCAGCGAGCUCAGCUGUUGGGGAUAGUGGUGUUGCUUUGAGCUACCCCAGCCUCCAUCUCCAUGCAUGCAGCAUCGAGAACAUGACAACGUUUCCAAAUGGCUGUGGAAACGGCACCACUGUUACUUGCAUAGUUAUGGAUAAUAAAGAGCCCCGAACCCAGACUACUUAUGUCAGUCAUAAUGGUGGAUACAGUACUAGUGACACUCAUGAGGAGGAAAUUCAUGAGGAUAAACUCAGCCCUUCCAAAAUCAUGCGCUUUUUCACCACCCCUCGGAAACGGGCUAAUUCCAGCUCUGACAGGCCUCGUUCUCUGGUUUUGAUGGGCAACUCAUCCACGUGGAAUGCUUUGUCUUCCAUCCGAAAAAUGGGAUCUUUCAAGAAGCUGAAAUCUUCAGUUCUCCAAGGAAUUCAAACAAGGGAAUGCUCAGACAUCUUAAAUGAGAAUGGUGUAGGCAAACCUGGUUCAAAUGGGGCCAUGAUGCGAGUAGAGUCUAACCGGUAUUCCUAUUCGGGGCCUCUACACGAUUUCCAGAAUGCAGUGGAUGGCUUAGCUUCUGACUGCUCCGACGCAGAGGAUAGUGAUGAGUCUUUCCUGAGGAAUACUCAUCGCUCACGCAGCAUCAGGCGGGCUUAUGGUGCUGGCCGCAUAAACUUGGUAGACACGGAUAAAGCUCAGAGUCAUCACAACUGUACCAGGCCAACAUCACCUGUCAUCGCCGAGGCAAAGAUCUGUGAAAUUUUGGUGAAAGACUCUGAAAACAACAGGAUCAUUUACCGGAGGAGCAAAAGUUCAGAUAAUUUGAACUUCCUGAAAAAAAGCUCCUUCAAACGGAAGUCCACCUCAAACCUCACUGACCUCAAGGUUGCAAAUGAUAAACAAAUACCGACACGAACUGUGAGUGUUACUUCAGCUGACUCAGCCAAAACCAGUGGGAAUCCUGAGAGGAGAUCCAAGCGAUGGAAGAGCCCUAUCAGGGCAAAGGAUUUCGACCGAGUUUUGAAACUUGUCGGUAAUGUUGCAGAUGCUGCAUGGAAGAAGGAUAGCCCUAAGGCCACAGCUCCUGCUCCCAGUGAUCAGUCCCAGAGAACAAGGUCAAACAGCAGACUGCAUGAUGACUACUCCCGCAGGGUUUCCAGCAGCACGGAUCAUGACAGAAAGAGAUGCACCUCCCCGGUAUCUAGUCCAGACUCUUCCUUGCCAGGAACACCUUGUCUGCAGAGCUCCUCAGUUGCUCAGGAUAAAGAGGCUGAAAUGAAUGUAGCCGUUGCUGAAGACAAAAGCCUCAGGACGUCAUCAGGUAUCCCAGACUCUGAUAGCUUAUCACCCACGCUGAAUGACAUUAGUCCGUUUCCCAAUGAAGUGUUUUAUUCGGACUCAGAUGAACCAAAAUCUACUCAGCAGUUUCCAUAUGAAGCUGAACACCCUCAUGUUCCUGUCAGACCAACUACUCCAAAGCCUCAAAGUCCCACUGCAGAGAAGGUAAAGUGCAAUAUGAAUUUCCAGUGUCCAAACCAUCACAGCACAUUGUCACUGAGCUCAUCAGAGAGCGACGAGAGAGUUGAAGUACUGGGGAUGAAGCUGGGCAGGAAUCCUGUUUGCUUCCAGGACUCAGUGCAAACUGUGUAUUAUGAUGAUGGAAAUGAAGACAGUGGCAUAAGCAGCCACUCUCAACUGAGCCUCAAUUUAGCCUCUGGUGCUGAAGAGAAAAAGGAAGAGGUUGUUUCUGAUGACCACUGGAAGAGGUCCCCAUCCCAGGAUGAAGAAAAGGCAGACACACAAAAGAUCAUACCCAGGAGAUGGGGCUCUGGAAGAAGAUCUCGUCCCAGACCUCUCUCAGACUACGGUCAAAUGUCAGUUAGAAGUUUAUCUAUACCAGAAGAUUCUGUUGCGGUGGAGUCUCCGACAGACUGCAUGGAUGGAGAAAAUCAGCCAGGACUGGCUUCCUUUGAGCCUGUGACACAAAGCAACACAGUAGGCUACCACAGAGGGAGAAAAAGAAGACCCAUCUCUGUAAUAGGUGGGGUAAAUUUCUAUGGAAGCGGUCCGGCAGAAGAGAUAGAAGGUCUGCUGACACAACCUGCAACACGGCCACCUGUUCCAGCACACCAGGUACCCCCUUACAAAGCUGUGUCCGCCAGGUUCCGGCCGCUCACCUUUUCACAAAGUACCCCCAUUGGCCUGGACCGGGUUGGACGAAGGCGGCAGAUGAGAACAUCGAAUGUUGCUGCAGAUGGUGGGACUGAAUCUUCAGCCUUAGUGGAUGAUAAUGGCAGUGAGGAAGAUUACAGUUACGAGGAGCUCUGCCAAGCCACUCCCAGGUACCUGCAGCCUGGAGGGGAACAGCUAGCAAUUAAUGAGCUGAUCAGCGAUGGCAGCAUUGUCUAUGCAGAAGCUCUCUGGGACCAUGUGACUAUGGAUGAUCAAGAGCUGGGCUUCAAAGCUGGAGAUGUCAUUAGAGUUCUAGAAGCUUCCAACAAAGACUGGUGGUGGGGAAGAAAUGAAGACAAGGAAGCCUGGUUUCCAGCUAGCUUUGUCAGGCUGCGAGUUAAUCAGGAAGAAGUGCCAGAAAAUUGUAAUAGUAUCCAGGAUGAAGAACAAGAUGCAGAUAUUAGCAAGCAUCGUCAGAAAAUAGCUGAAAACAAGGACCAGAUGAGAACCAAUGUUAUACAGGAAAUUAUGAACACAGAACGAGUCUAUAUCAAGCACCUCAAGGACAUCUGUGAGGGUUAUAUUCGUCAGUGUCGCAAACACACAGGAAUGUUCACCACAGCUCAGCUAAGCACCAUCUUUGGAAAUAUUGAAGAUAUUUACAAGUUCCAAAGGAAGUUUCUGAAGGAUCUUGAGAAACAGUACAACAAAGAGGAACCUCACCUAAGUGAAAUAGGGUCAUGUUUUCUUCAACAUCAAGAAGGCUUUGCUAUUUAUUCAGAGUACUGCAACAAUCAUCCCAGUGCCUGCAUUGAGCUUUCCAGACUAAUGAAGCAGGGCAAAUACCGUCACUUCUUUGAGGCCUGUCGCCUGCUUCAGCAGAUGAUUGACAUUGCCAUUGAUGGUUUUCUUCUCACGCCCGUUCAGAAAAUCUGCAAGUACCCUCUGCAGCUUGCAGAAUUGCUCAAAUACACCACUCAGGAGCACAGUGAUUACAACAAUAUAAAAGCUGCAUAUGAGGCUAUGAAGAAUGUAGCAUGCCUGAUCAAUGAGCGAAAACGAAGACUAGAAAGCAUAGACAAGAUUGCACGUUGGCAAGUCUCUAUCGUGGACUGGGAGGGGCCAGAUGUGUUAGCCCGAAGCUCAGAACUGAUCCAUUCAGGAGAACUGACCAAAAUAUCAAAGCAAGGCAAAAGCCAGCAGAGGACUUUCUUCCUUUUUGACCAUCAGCUUGUGUUCUGCAAGAAGGACUUACUGAGGAGGGACAUCUUGUAUUAUAAAGAUCGUAUUGACAUGGAUGAGAUGGAAAUUGUGGACACUGAAGAUGGCAGAGACAAGGACUUUAACAUUAAUAUCAAGAAUGCUUUUAAGAUAAUAAACAGAGCAACAGAAGAGAUUCAUUUAUUCUGUGCAAAAAAGCAGGAGGAUAAAAAGAGAUGGAUGGAGGCAUGUGAAAGUGAAAGAAGAAGAGUUCAGGAAGAUAAGGAGAUGGGAAUGGAAAUCUCAGAAAGCCAGAAGAAACAAGCCAUGCAGAAUGCCCGUAAGUCAAGGCAUGGAAAAAUGAAAGGUGUCAGCUAUAAUGGGUGCCCCGUGCCUCCUCCACACCAAAGCCUCCAUCCUAUUCAUCAGCGCCACAUCACUGUGCCUACCAGCAUCCCGCAGCAGCAGGUUUUUGCCUUGGCAGAACCCAAGAGGAAGCCAUCCCUCUUCUGGCAUACCUUCAACAAACUCACCCCCUUUAAAAAGUGAGAGGCCAAGGACCUGGAAAGGACAUUGUCAUGGAGGGAUACUUGCUCCAGGGGAAGACCUUGGAGAUAUGGUUAAGCUUAUUCGAGCUCAGUGAAUCUCCAGUUUUGGAGGGAAAACCUUGGGCUCCCUUGAGCCAGAAAUAGCACCUUUGUCCAGAAGAAUGAAUUUCCUUAAGACUGCUCUGAAGUCAAUGUUGUCAGCAUUGCUGAUGAAGAGCAGUCUUCCUUCUGACAAAGACAGCUUGCUGUUACUCUGAAGCAGCAGUGUUUCUUCUCUGUUUCUUAGUUAUGUUGAAGUAGUGAUGGAGUCAUGCAGGUCAUUGUAACAUUUCAUUUUUCUUAACCUUAUAUUGAUGGCCAAAUUUAAGGUAGGGAGGAAUUUUUCCUAAGGGGGUGUAUGAGCAAGGAAUCUUAGGAGACUUUUCUCCUUCCUUUCGGAGCACUGAGCAGAGAUCAUCCAUUCCAUUAAAACCAGGUGGAGACAUGUGAUUAACCAGGUGCUGCGGAAUGUAGUGGACCCUAAUCCUUCCUGUUGUCUUCUAUUGAAUUGCCAAAUGGCAGAACAUCCCACAAGGCCUUAUCAUAUUCCAGAUUGGAACAGGGAAGUUUUAUUCUGUCAUGUAGAAACAUGAACAGAGUGUGAAAUGGACUGUAAAGAUCUGUGCAUUUAUUGCACACAGGUGGAAAUGAAGAGCCCAGGGCAUCUCAGAUUGAUUACUCUGUCACAGCAAUAUACCGCAUGCAUGUAUGCUCUUCUGUAUAGAGCUUUUAUAUCACCUUUUGCGCACUUCUUUGCCUGAGAGAUGCUUCUUUAUAUUUCCAGUAUGCUUAUUGCUCUUGUGUAAAAUGUACUUUAUUCCCCUUUUUUUUAUUAUCUGACAGAGAUAAUGUGAAUGUACAAAGUCAGAGUUGAGGCAGUACAUGCUGACUGCUGGCUAUGUUACAUAGUUCUCACACUUGUAUUCAUGUAGUUUGGCGUAGGAAAUGGAUGA